GCUUAUUGACGCUGUCUGGACGGAACUGAAGCAUCCUGACGUCUUUUCUGAGCACAAAGUGAGAUCGCGCCUCCUCCUCCUCCUCCUCCUCUUCGAGCCACUCGGACUCACAAGGACGAGCUUCCUCUCGGACUCCUUCAGGAUUUAUUCAUUUUUAUUUCGGAUUUCAUUUCUCCUUUUUGCUUUAUUUUUAUUUAAUGCGGGAUAAAUCUGUAUUAUCCGCGGGAUGCAGCCCUCCUCCUGCUGCUACUCCUCUUCCUCCUCCAUCAUCAUCAUCAUCAGCAGCAGCACCAGAGGGCCGAUGGGCCGAGCAGGACGGCCGGGAUUCAACCACCGAGCAGGCUGCACCGAGGCUCCCUCCAUUUAACCUCCAGAUGUUCCCAGAUGUUUGCUGAUCCGAGCGGACCGAACCUGCAGCGGCCAUGAUGGGAAGCAGCCGGAGGAGGAGGGCCUCUCAGGAAGCGAUGGGAUGUGAAUCUACAGCAUCGUCUGCAGACCCGGACCGUUCUGUGAUUUAAUGAUCCAACAUGUCUGACGGGUUUUAACAACGAACUGACCUUUCCGAGCCGACAGCGGAGAUGAUUGUCGGUCCAAACAUCCUGAUUGUCUUCUUCUCCUUCUGAUUGUCUUUUUGUUUGAGAUCAAACAGCAGCAACGAUUGUCUCUCAUCUUCAGGCCUGAACCUGAAGCAGCUUUAAGUGGAAAAUAAAAACUCUGAGACUGGAUUAGAUUUAUUCUGGAUUAAGAUGAUGAACCACGUGCCUCCCGGACUGAGCUCGGAGACCACGGAGAAGGCCCGGCUGGAGCUGAACGAAAACCCGGACACUCUGCACCAGGACAUCCAGCAGGUGCGGGAUAUGAUCGUGACGCGGCCGGACAUCGGCUUCCUGCGAACCGACGACGACUUCAUCCUGCGCUUCCUCAGAGCCAGGAAGUUCGACCAUGUGGAGACGUUCCGCCUGCUGGCCCAGUACUUCCAGUUCCGCCAGCAGAACCUGGACAUGUUCCAGAGCUUCAAGGUGGACGACCCGAGCAUCAAGCGGGCCCUGAUGGACGGGUUCCCUGGCGUGUUGGAGGCUCCGGACCAACAUGGCAGGAAGAUCCUCAUCCUGUUUGCUUCCAACUGGGACCAGAGCCGGAACUCCUUCAUCGACAUCCUGCGGGCCAUCCUGCUCUCGCUGGAGGUUCUGAUAGAAAACCCGGAGCUGCAGAUCAACGGCUUCACGCUCAUCAUCGACUGGAGCAACUUCUCCUUCAAGCAGGCGUCCAAACUGACGCCCAACAUCCUGAAGCUGGCCAUCGAGGGCCUGCAGGACAGCUUCCCGGCCCGGUUCGGAGGGAUCCACUUCGUGAACCAGCCCUGGUACAUCCACGCCAUGUACACCAUCAUCAAGCCCUUCCUCAAGGACAAGACCCGGAAAAGGAUCUUCCUCCACGGGAACAACCUGAACUCUCUCCACCAGCUCAUCCAGCCUGAGUGUUUGCCGUCCGAGUUCGGCGGGACGCUGCCGCCGUACGAUAUGGGGAUGUGGGCGCGGACGCUGCUGGGACCAGACUACAACGACGAGACCGAGUACACGCUAACGUACGACGCGCUGCACGUCAGAGAGAGCUGUGGCGGCGGCGGAGAGAAGGACAUGAUGAAGAGGUCUCAGUCGACGGUGGAAGCUGCGGCGCUGCGGCAGAUGGACAGAGAGACGAGCACGCCGCUGCUGGCUCUGGACUGACCUGGAGCUCUGAUUUAAACCGGACGGGACCGGUUUAAAUCCGGAGGUCUGGAUUUGGGUCGGUUCGCUGCCUGAACUUGAUCAGCACCAGAACUCCCAUUAACCUGGAGCCUCCACCAGUUGGUCUGAACUCACCAGUGUUUCUGUUGGGAAAGUGGAACCUCAGGAUAAGAUCAGAGUUUAAUUAUCCGCAGGUUUCGCUCAUCUGAACUCCACCGUUACCGUCUGAUAUCCGUCCUCCCAGCGGCGCCAAACCCGGCCCGUCUGAGCCGUCCAACUCCUCCCAGAUGAUCCGGUUUCCUGCCAGCAGCAUCUGUCCAGAUGCACCGACCCAGCAGCGCUCCGACUGCUGCCGGACUUAACCACGUCUCAGUCUGGAAACCGUUCAAACGCAAAAACAUGCAGCACAAAGGUUCAUUCACAUAACGGGGAGGCUAACAAAACACAACCAGUUCAGGAUGAAUAAUGCAGAAUAAUUGGAGGCCCCGCCCACAUGAAUGAUGCUCCGCCCACACGGGAAUUAGGCCACACCCACACGAGAACGAUUUCAACAUUUUCCCCCACUUCCACUUGAAAACAAAGUUUAAGGAACAAUAAAUGUUUUUUAAAGCAGGUUUCAGAGUGAAAAGCAAUGUUUGUGAAAAUGCUGACAUAUCAGCAUCAUCUGGGUCGAACACGACAACAACAGCAGAUUAUAUGUUUGUUGUUUGAAAGUGUUCUGGAAAAGUUUUUCAUUUUGCUUUGUUUUCUUGGUUUUACAGCUCAUGUAGGAGCUUUAUGUAUAUACUCCAUGUUUAGCGCCACCUACAGGUCUGGUGGAGUAAAGACUAGCGGUUUUUGCCAUCGUUUGUGUCUCAAUGUGGAUGGAAGUGGUUUAGAAAGCAACGACCUGAUUUAAAAGAAAGAAAGCUUCCUGUGUGGGCGGGGCCGAGUGCUGAGCCCUGUGGCACCCCGAAUGGAGGAACCCCUGAUGAACGGACAUGUUGGUUGACAAUAAGCUGACAGGUGAAUUGAGUUGGAGCCAAUACUGAGCCCUGUGGUACACCAGAAGAGUACAAACCAUAUUUUCUAAAACUUUCAAGCCUGCUUUCAAAUGCUGUGAAAAAGUGUUGAAGUAUGAAAUGUUAUUUUUAGCCCAUAUUUAUUUUUUAAGGUGUAAAUUCAUGUCUUGAGCUGGUGAGAAUCAGAUAAAUUUAAAGUUUUAUCAUUCUGCGGUCGCUACGUCAGAUGUUUGUUUACAGAGUUCUCUGCUGCCACCAAGUGGUCACUGACUGAACAGCAGGCUUAAACAUGGCGCCUUUUGGUGAAUCUUCACUGUUUUUGUCUUUACUUCUGUUGCAACAUCAAACAUGCCGCGUUCCGCCUGAAGCGAGCGUCACUACGAAAACACCGACACUGUAAAAGAAUGAUGUGCAUGAAACUUUUAGAAACGUGUUUCAAUCAGACGUCGCACAGAAAACAACGGUUUUCAUUUAAAGAUUGUAUGUUAUCGUUGUAUUACCGCACUGAAUAUAGAAGACGUUAUUUUCACGCAGCAGAAACGACGACGACUGAACAUGGAGGAGUGACGUCAUCAGGAAGUGGGAGGGUCGGUCUUCCUGAUUGCGGUGUUAAUAAAUGAGCGUCAGGGCUACACUCGACCUUCAUGUAAUGUAUUUACUUUCAAUGAAUGUACAGAAGUAAAGAUUUACACCAAGCUG